GAGAGUUGAGACACCAUUUGACAGCGGUAAGUAAAGACAAAUCAAUAUCGGUGACUUGGAGCGGUGGCCAUCUUUGUGCUUAGCAUCACCGAGAAAAUCUCCACAAAAAAAAACGAAUCAAAUCCAAGCCAAAAAAUGCCAGCAACAUUUCUAUAAUCAUUUUCUAACCAUAUAAAAUUUUCAAAACCCCAAUUCUUUUUAUUUCUGUAAUUAUCAACCGCCCACAAAACUUUUCUUCUCUUGGAAUUUUUCAUAUUAAAAACCAUUUUUUUUUUUGCUUAACUUUGCUCUUUCCAUACGCAUUCUAUCUCAAUCUUUCAACAGUUUUUAUUUAGUUUAAUUUAAUUUCAUCAAUUAAAAUUUGUGGGUUUUAAUUUCCCUAGAACCAAAUUAUUUAGGAAAAGAGUCAAAUCUUUUAGACUAAUACAAGAUUUUUGCUUGGAAUCAAAUCUGUAUCGAUAUAGAAUACAGAUUCAUUUGGGGUUUUCAUUUUAGGAACAAGUAUUGGGAUUGGUGUUCAUAUUCUGGUGAGAUUUCAAUCAAUUUCCCAAUCAGAUUGACUGAUUGGGGAAGAAAGAAAAAAUUACAAAAUGUCUGGCUAUGUGGGUGUUGUUGUUUCUGAUCCUGCUCUUCAAAGUCAGUUUACUCAAGUUGAACUUCGCAGCCUUAAUAAUAAAUAUAUUACUGUGAAGAAUAGCAAUGGUAAAGUGACUAUUGGAGACUUGCCAUCUAUGAUGUGUAAGUUAAAAGCUUUUAGUCAAUCUUUUAAAGAGAAAGAUAUCAAAGAGAUUUUAAGUGAAUCAGCUUCUGAUAUGAAUCAAGAGAUCAAUUUCGAGGAUUUUCUGAAGGUUCAUCUAAGCUUCCAAGCUCGAGCAGCAGCUCAGCUUGGUGGUUCGAAGGACUCAUCUGCGUUUCUUAAGGCCUCGACGACUACCCUUCUUCAUACAAUCAGUCAGUCUGAGAAGGGAUGCUAUGUUCAUCACAUAAAUAGUUAUCUUGGUGAUGACCCUUUCCUGGAGCAAUUUCUUCCUAUGGAUCCUAAUAGUGAUGAUUUAUUUGAUCUGGCCAAGGACGGAGUGCUUCUCUGCAAACUUAUAAAUGUUGCUGUUCCUGGUACAAUUGAUGAACGAGCUAUAAACACCAAACGAGUUCUUAAUCCAUGGGAGAGAAACGAGAAUCAUACUCUGUGUCUGAACUCUGCAAAAGCCAUUGGAUGCACCGUGGUCAAUAUUGGACCCCAUGACCUUGUUGAAGGCAGGCCGCAUUUGGUUCUUGGAUUAGUUUCUCAAAUUAUUAAGAUCCAACUCCUUGCUGAUCUUAACCUUAGGAAGACGCCACAGCUGGUGGAAUUGGCAGAUGACGCUGAUGACAUUGAAGAACUUAUGAAUUUAUCCCCGGAAAAAGUUUUAUUGAAAUGGAUGAAUUUCCAUCUCCAGAGAGCUGGUUAUGAGAAAGUGGUGGCAAACUUUUCAUCAGAUAUAAAGGAUUCAAAGGCAUAUACAUACCUGCUCAAUGUUGUAGCUCCAGAACAUUGUGAUCCAGCAACUAUAGAUGCAAAAGACCCUAUAGACAGAGCAAAUUUGGUACUUGACCAUGCAGAAAGAAUGGGCUGCAAGAGAUAUUUAGAUGCUAAGGACAUUGUUGAAGGCUCAUCAAAUCUAAAUCUCGCAUUUGUUGCUCAAAUUUUCAAGUUGAGGAGCGGUUUGUCAAUGGAUGGCAAAAAGGUUGCUUUUGCGGAGAUGAUGACAGAUGAUGUACAGGCAUCAAGGGAAGGAAGGUGCUUCAGAUUUUGGAUGAAUAGUCUUGGUAUUCCCUCCUAUGUUAACAAUGUCUUCGAAGAUGUUAGAAAUGGAUGGGUACUCCUGGAAGUCUUGGACAAGAUUUCUCCAGGAUCAGUGAACUGGAAGCAUGCAACAAAGCCUCCCAUCAAAAUGCCAUUCAGGAAAGUCGAGAAUUGUAAUCAAGUGGUUAAGAUCGGAAAGCAACUGAAAUUUUCCCUUGUUAAUGUGGCCGGAAAUGAUAUUGUUCAAGGAAACAAGAAGCUAAUACUCGCGUUCCUGUGGCAGUUAAUGAGGCAUAAUAUGCUCCAACUAUUGAAGAACUUAAGAUCUUUCUCCCACGGGAAAGAGAUAUCUGAUACGGAUAUCCUUAAUUGGGCAAAUUAUAAGGUGAAAAGCUCCGGGAGAAGGUCUUGUAUUCAUAGCUUUAAGGACAAAAGCUUGUCUACUGGUCUAUUCUUCCUUGAACUUCUGAGUGCUGCUGAGCCUAGAGUCGUCAAUUGGAAUCUUGUCACCAAAGGUGAAAAUGAUGAUGAAAAAAGAUUGAAUGCUAUAUAUAUCAUCAGUGUUGCGAGAAAGCUUGGAUGCUCCGUCUUUUUAUUGCCCGAGGACAUUAUGGAGGUAAACCACAAGAUGAUUUUGACCUUGAUUGCGAGCAUAAUGUACUGGUGCUUACAGCAAGAUGAUCUCGAAUCUUCACCGACCCCCUCCGAAUCCUUCACGGUCACAGACAUAUCCUCAACAGCUCCUUCUGUUCAAAGCGAGGACGAGAGUUCCAUUUGCGGAGAAAUCUCAUCGUUAAAUAUCGAUGAUGCAGCAUCGGACUCUACUGUUUCUUCGGUGAUGGAUCACAUUGAGGACGAAUAAUGAAGGUUAGGGUCAUUUUUUUGAAGACUAAUGGUGCACCCCUGGUGCAGAAGCUGCAAAUGUCGAAACAUAAGAGUUGUACAGAGCAAUGUUUUCAUACACAAUGUUACAAAAGUAGUACGAAGGUGCAUGAGUCGGGCAUGGAGUAUAGGUUUUUGUAACUUUAUUGCUACUCAGAUUUUCGUGUGGAGGUGAACUGUAUUUUCUUUGUUCAUCUGCUAAAUCGGUUAUUUGCAUCUUUGUAUAAUAUUUCGGUAUUUUCUAUCGCACUUUUUUGGUCUAUGUUUCGACAAAUGAAAAGAGAUUUUAUGUAA